ACAUUGAGACGCUGUCCCAUUUCCUGGAUGAGGUUGGCCGCCUGCUGGCGGUACGAGAGCUCUUUAUCUGCCUCCACUCCGCAGCGGCGGCUCGGCGUGUUCUCCAGCUGUUCUCGAGUAAAGAACCAGCGAGAAGAAGCUCCACGGCCCGACGCCAUGACACUUCCUCCUCCGCCCGCUCCCUCACCCACCCCCCCUCCCUUCCCGGCUCGCGGACUCCCCGCCAAGGCCGCGCGACCCCGCCCCACUCCGCUCGCCGUAGACCACGCACCGCCCCUCGUCACCCCCUCUUCCGCCCGUGCGCGUGCGCGCGGGGCCGCCCUACCGGUUCGCUCUAGUCUUUUGCUUUCUUUUUAAUGACCCCGGCCUCGCUCUCGUUCACGGGACCACAAUGCUCCGCGCCUCUUGUCAUUUGGAGGCGCCCGAAGGUGGGGGGUCGGCUAGAAGGAAAAGUGUCGGUUUGCGCAGUCUCGUAGGCUUCCGAGUCCUGAGUCCCCGCCAGAUGGCCUCCGCCCAGCGCUCGGCUCUGGGAAGGAGCUGCUUGGGAAAAAGUGACUGAAAAAUGACGCUUCACCUUUGUGCCGAACUUCAGUGCUUUCCCCCCUACAUUAUCUUGUUUGAAUCCCACAGCCACGCAGGCCGUGGGUUUAUUUUUUUAAAUUGGUUGCCGGAGGUUAUCCAAUUAGCAGCGGGGGAACUGAAUCUCUAAACUAGGUUUCGAGUCUGUAUCGGUAGCGUGUUUUUAAAUCACGCUGUGCUUUGAAAGAGAAGGUUUAAAGAGAAACAGUGUAAAAAGAACUGAGUUUUGUUUUGUUUUCUUUUGUUUUAAAUCAGUUUUGGAGUUCCCAUCGUGGCUCAGUGGUUAACGAAUCCGACUAGGAACCACGAUGUUGUGGGUUCGAUCCUUGGUCUUGCU